AUGGCGUCAAGGCAACCACGAGGCGGCGCGCCUCAGUCAAGCGGCGUCGGCGCUUCCACUGCCAGCAGCCGCUCCAACGAGUACUUCGUUCCGAGGGACGGCAUUGAUCGAGAGGUCAUCACCGCCGACAUCUGCCGCUACCUCGGAAACGAUGCACUCGUUCGACCUGGUCACUACGAGAACCCCCAAACAGGCCAGGCCGUCCAAGGCUACUACAUCACUGCCUACCGGAAUCUGACGACAGCUAUGAUUGAUGAUUUGAAGGCCGACUCGGCUCGGUGGGAGGCAGAACGGCGGCAGCAGGCUUCCCGCAAUGCCCCAAGCACAGCAGGUACCUUGGCCUCAAAGAGUGCGAAGGGCCAGCCUUCAAGACAUUCUAACUCGCCCAUCCUAGGGUACCGUGACUCGGCCACCCACAAUGCCCGACAGCACUUUGGCCCCACUACCGAAACCGCUGGAGGAUACUCAGAUGGUCGUGACCCCUAUGAUGCUCCCAGAUACCCAGGAUCCCAAGCUCCAGGCUACUCAGGAAACUCGGGCUCCUACCCGUCACAGGGCGGCGGCUCUGCGCACGCCUCCGUGCAAUCCAGUUAUGGCUCAACUGGUGGCUACCAGUACCCUCCCCAGAAUGCUACAUACUCUCCGCAGCCGGACCCAAGGUAUCCUGCUUCACAGACCGCCUCGUACGGACCACCGGACAUCCCAUACACCAACGUCAGUGUGAACUCGGUCAACUCGGCCAUGCGCCAGCAGUACAAUGAUCCCUAUGGUAGCUCUCAAGCGGGUCAGCGCAUCCCCGCUGCCACUGCGCCUGGUCCCGGGCAGGCUUAUGGACAGCAGGCUGCCGCCGCUUAUGGCGGUGCUCCAGGUUACUACCCUCAGCAGCAGGCUGCCGCGAGCUACGGCUCUUCUCAGGCACAGCCCCCAGACACGAUAUAUGGUCGCGGUGCGUCUUCACCGAAUCCCCUAACCUCUACCCGAAAACCGUCUGAUUAUGUAGCUUCCCCCGCAGGUGCAUCCCAGGCCUUCAGCUCCGCCCAAGGACAACAGUAUGCUUCCAAUCCUACCCCGCGCGCCGCCGCUUCUUCGUCUUCCAGUACUCAAAUGGCCAGCAGUGCAGCAUCUCAUUCUCGUCGCGAGAGGGAACCAACUGAUAGGCACCGAGCCUCUCGCCGAUGA